GCUGAGCAUCCAAAAAACUCUCCCCGUCCCGCCGCCAUCAUGUCCUGCAAGGCUCUGGCCCUCUGCCUCCUGGGGCUCCUGGCUCUCUCCUCCGCUUGCUACAUCCAGAACUGCCCCAUCGGGGGCAAACGCGCCGUCAUGGACAUGGAAAUCAGGAAGUGCCUGCCCUGCGGCCCCCGGAACAAGGGCCACUGCUUCGGGCCCAACAUCUGCUGCGGGGAGGAGCUGGGCUGUUACCUCGGCACCUCCGAGACCCUGCGCUGCCAGGAGGAAACCUUCCUGCCCACCCCCUGCGAGUCGGGACACAAACCCUGCGGCAGCGGCGGGAGCUGCGCCGCCCCCGGCAUCUGCUGCAGCACCGAGGGCUGUGGGGCUGACUCAUCCUGCGACCAGGAGAUGCUGUUUGUGUAGCCCAUCCAGGAUAGAACCUGCAGGAUCCUGUAUCCAUCCCGCUGUCCCAGCCUGGCCUCGGGCUGGGAACAGACGAGCUGAGAGCUGUGACUCAGCCUGGAGUGAUGAGCCUAACUAGAAAUAAAACUUGUACAGAAAAACAACCCUAAAA